AUGUUCGGAAGCAGCAACACCUUCGACCCCAACACCGACGUCCCAGAUCUAUCUGGAAAGGUCUACGUCGUCACAGGCGGCAGCGCAGGAAUCGGCUUCGGCAUCUGCGCACACAUCCUGCAACACAACCCAAGCGCCCUGUACCUACUCGGCAAAAAAGAAGAGCACAUCGCCGAAGCAACCGAGGGGCUAAAGAAAUACGGCGACGUGUCCAAAGUGCACAGCGUCCAAAUCGAGCUCGAGGACCUGCAUCAAACAGACCGCGUCGCAAAAGACCUCGCAUCCAAGCUCGACCGCCUGGACGCCCUCAUCCUCAACGCAGGCCUCGGCGUUGGCGUCUUCGGUCUAACCAAAGACGGCCUCGACAGCCACAUGCAAGUCAACCAUAUCGCGCAGUUCCACCUCUCGCGGAUCCUUAUGCCUCUACUGCAGAAGACGCCGGAGUCCAGACUUGUCCUGCAGUCAUCCGAGCUCCACCGCGCCAUCAGCAGCAGCGAGGUGAAAUUCGCCUCCGUGUCCGAGCUAAACAGCGACAUUGGGCCGGCGAAGCUGUACAAUCGCACCAAGCUGGCGCUGGUCCUGUAUGCGCGUGCGUUGGCGGAGCGCAAAGCAAAGGGGCAGCUUGGGUUUAGCACGGACGCUAAGAGCGGGCCGUGGAUGAAUGCGACGCAUCCCGGGGCCAUCAGUACGGACCAGCAGAAGCAGGCGGAGGAUGCGUAUGGGGCGUUGGGGAAGGUGGGUGUUGCGGUUGUGAGGCCGUUUAUGAAGGAGCCGGUUGAUCAGGGAUGUCGGGCGGCGCUGUUUGCGGCGACGAGUGCGGAUGUUGUUACGGAUGGGAUUCAGGGGCAGUAUAUCAUCCCCGACCGCAAGCCGACUAGUCCGUCCAGCGAUGCCCAGAGCCACGAGCUGCAGGAGAAUCUGUGGAAGUUGACGGAGCAGGUCUUGAAGGAGAAAUUGGGCUCAUUGCCGUAUGAGACUCAAUAUGUCUAG